AUGGGUGGUAGUAGUAUCCGAGAAGGAAAACAUGGCUCCUCUAUCCGUUCGUUUUUCGGCAACUUCGGUAGCAACAAAAACAACAAGUCAUCUUUGAACGUGUCGGCACCGAUGCGCCCAUCGACUGGUUUGGCCCCGCCCGGGCCGCAAUAUCCGCCCGGGAGAGCUUCAGACGUGGGAAUUAGGCCGUCGAUACAGCAGUCAUUUGACUCCGGGAGGGGCACGAGCUUUGAGAAUCCGAGGACGAGCCCGUUGAGGUAUCAGCAGCCACCGCCGCCUCCAGUGGCGAUUAUGGAGCGGCCUAUAGCUAAGAAGCCAAAGCUGAUUAUCGGGAUUGAUUUUGGCACGACAUUUAGCGGUGUCGCGUUUGCGUUUACAACAGACGGAGGUGUAAAAGAGGGCAUUAUCACCGAAUGGCCCGGAGCGGGUAAUCAGUCGAGGAAUAAGGUACCCACUACACUUUACUAUGACAAAGAACAAAACAUAGUAGGCUGGGGGCUGGAAUUUGCAGGAGCCUUAGCCCCUAGUGGAUAUCCAAAACCAGGCGUUCAGAAGGUCACCUCGAGCUCUACACAGAUUGAAUGGUUCAAGAUGCAACUCAUGCAGGCUGACGGCACCUACUUGAAGAACGACAAACUUCCAGCUCUUCCGUCCGGCAAAACACCUAUCGAUGUUACUGCAGAUUAUCUCAUCCAACUUCGUAAAGCCUUACGAGUCCAGCUCCAAAAGAUUUUAGGCGAGGCUGUUUACAACCGCCACGAAGACAGCAUCCACUACUACCUUACAGUCCCAGCGAUUUGGAAUGACGCCGGAAAAGCGGCCACGAAGCGGGCUGCUAUACAAGCGGGGCUUGUGAGAGCUGAGAGCGACUCUAGAGUUACCCUUAUUUCAGAACCAGAAGCGGCGGCAAUGUUUUGUUCAAAAACAGGGCUGCUGAAUUUGAAGAUACUGGACGCGGUCUUGGUAGUGGAUUGUGGAGGCGGGACGGUCGACUUAAUUGCGUACGAAGUUACACAGGAGGAGCCGUUGACGCUGGUUGAGGCCACGACGGGAUCGGGUGACUCGUGCGGGUCCACUGCUGUGAAUAGGAAUUUCUCGGGGUUACUUCGGCGUAGAAUUGAUUUAAUGAAGCUCCCGCCUGGGACGAAAACGGGCCCAAAGAUUUACGCAAAGUGUCUUUCUGAGUUUGAAAACCGUAUCAAGGCGGACUUUAGAAAUAAUGGGCAGGUCUGGGCUAUUGAUAUUGGGGUGGAGACGGACUAUCCGGAGGCUGGCGUGGAAGAGGGAUAUAUGUCAUUCACAGACGCGGAGAUAUUGGAGUGUUAUAAACCAGUCGUUCACCGGAUACUGGAGCUCGUGAAGAACCAGAUAACGGCAAUUCAGACGCAGAAUCGCCAUUUGCAGAAUGUAUUAGUUGUAGGGGGCUUCGGCGGGUCCGAGUUCCUCUUCCAGGAGAUCAAGGACAAUGUGCCACAGCAGUAUCAGCAUGGUGUCGUACGGCCUAUGGACGCAGUUGCAGCAGUGGUGAAAGGAGCUGUUACCGCCGGUGUAAGCCAGAGUUUAGUGACAGCUCGGGUCGCGCGAAGACACUAUCUCAUGGCAACUCUGACACCAUUUAAGACCGGGUACCACAAAGAAGAGUAUCGGGUCCCUAGCUUAGAUGGCAUUAGACCAUUGGUAACAUUAACAUCCGACCUCUCGCGCAAAUCUCUAGAGCGCGAUUUCCAAACGGUGGCAACACCACAAGGAAUCUUCUAUAAAGUCUACUUCGAUAUAUACCUGACACUUGAUGGAUCUGAGUUUAGUGCUGAGGUGGUCUGCCAGGGUGAAAUCAUGGGGGCGUGCCAGGUUAAGUUUGAAUGA